UGAAAAAGUACACUGUGUUUGCGUGCUAAGUGUGGCAGUCAGUCAGUAAGUCAUAUUAUGGCUGUAAGUGUAAAACGCAGGCACGUGUCCAAUAAACAGCCAGUCUGUGAAAGAGCGCAGUCGUGGAGACAAACGUGGGAGGGACGGAGGGACGGAGGGAGGGAGGGAGAGUAAAAAGACCACAGUUUGUCUCUGAGGAAUCACAUACGGUUUGGACUGUUUGACAGCAGCAGCUCACGCUCCGUGAUCUUCAUGCAAAAUGACGCUGUCAAGGACUGCUAACUUGAUGUGUGUCCUGGUGAUGUUAGCAGUGGAUAGCACUGCAGCAGAGCUAAAAAUGACUGCAUUGGCUGGAGAAAACGUGCUCCUACCGUGUCCCUGCUCUAAAGCAACUGAUCAAGUGACAUGGCAGAUAGAUGAGUCAAUUGUGGUGAACCACUAUAGUGCUCUGGUAAAGGACAACAGACCACCAGCUGAUUCAUUCAAGGACAGGAGUCGCCUCUUCAUGCCCAAUCAGAAAGGAAACUGCUCUCUGCUUCUGUUCCGAGUCUCCUCUGAAGAUCAGAAGAUUUUUACGUGUUAUACUUUUGUUGCAGAUGAAGAUAUGAAUAAACUAAAUAUUAAUCUGACUGUUACAGAACCUAAAACUCGAAGUAAUCCUUCGACAGAUCCGCCUGCAGGAGAGAGUAAGAAGCCUCAUGCAGGUUUCUUGGUUGGAGUUCUGUUACUACUUGCAGUGGUUUCAGGAGUAAUUGGGGCCCUGCUGCUCAGAAAACAGCGUCAGAAGAUACAAAGAACGGUUUUCAUGGAUCCACAGGCAGGACUGCCCAUAGUGGAACUCAGUCCCGUGUGAUGAACAUCAUCAAGUAACAUCAUCACAUGUGAGCCGUUAUUUAUCGCGGCCCUUUGCUAUGAAGACACCUUGGACUGAAUGCAAUCAACAUGAUUGAUCCUGGGCAUUAGGAAUUUUGUUACUGAUGUUGACCAUUGUAACAUAUUCCGUCUGUAUUUAUAUGUACAUUUGUACAUUAUCACAGGCAUUUACAUCGGUUUCUAUUUUCUGCUUUGAUCGAGUGAACAAAGGCAGAACGUUUUGCGACGAGGGAGUGAAUACUGUGAAUGUAGUUUGACAACACUUGUGGUUAUAAGCAAUCAUAUUUCCCAUGAGAACUGUCUCUCAGUGUUUUAAUAUUAAAGUAAGCAUUGCUGUUUGGAGCGGAACAGGAAAAACUAGUCAGAGCUGACACACGAAACCUGCGUUUACCAUUCCUUAUUUUUUGGGGAGGCAGAGGUGUUGCAAAACAGUGCCGAGUUACUGAAAGUACAAAGGUGUCAAGGCUUGAACAGCUCUUAGAGCUCCAAAACGCGUUCAGGUCUCCUUGUGUUUUAUGUCAUUUUGUAACGCCUACCACAAGAAAGGAAAAGUAAAUACACUCUAAUAAAAACAGGCACUAAAUUGUCACUGGCGUUUGUCUUCAGUAGGCUUAGUCAGGCAGAAGGGAACUCUCGGGGCCUUCUAGGCCUUUAGAGAAGACCUAAUGAUUUGUGGGAACUAAAAAUGCAUGUCCAAAAUGUUUAGUUCAUUUUUUAUUCACUAAAAUCAUGCCUAUAUUUAAACUCAAGUAUUACAUUACUGUUCUUGUUCUGUUGUUCUGGAUGGAAAAUUCUUCUACUGCUGAACAGAAAAUAAUACAAUUAAGAAUUGUUUUUCUCUGUGUUAUCUAGGCAGGUCUAGCUAAGCAAGCUCUCCUAUUGGUUCAAGAGCUGAAGUGAAGGUCUAACGCAUUUGACCAUUUAAUCAUCAGCCUAAUUAGGAAGUGACAGUGAAAUUAACUAAUCAUGUUUUGAUCUCCAAAUGGCAGGACCAGUAUUGUGAGACAAAAUGGUACUCUAGGUCUUCAGGAAGUCCUAGAUACAUCACUGACUGUUAAUACGAGUGGCAGCCUGAUCAGUGGGUUGUUAGAAAUGGAAAACAGCAGUUCUAUACCAGUGCUCACUACUGAAAGUGUCACUGUGAAACUGCUACAUGGUAUAAUAUAUGCUAACUUGUCUGUCACAAGCUUUAAGUAAAACAAGGAAUGUCUUUUAGAAGCUCCAAAUGUCUGUGUAAUCUAGAACUGUCAGAACAUGUUCAUGCAAAUUGCCAAGCGCUAACAAACAACUAGAAUCCCGUAGGGACGCUAGCAGAACAUAGCUUUGUCACAGAGAUGGCUUUUUCCUUGAGUUUUGACAUGUAUGGCUCAAAUUAGAAGGCCUAACUCUAAUGGUCACGGUUUGCCACUAUAGUUUGGGAACAUAAGUGUACCAUAUUCUAUUGCAGAUCUCUUUUUUAAGUUGCAUGGAGUCCAUACACACCCCAUCUUGACAGCAGAUUUUUUUUUUCGUACCUUUGAGGGUACAUUUACAUUGUUCGCACAGUACUCUUUUUUUCUGACUUUGUUGGUUAACAAUAUAUUAAAAAGGAGACAAGAGAAAACAAACAGGAGAAUUGUCGUCCCCCUGGACUUUAUCACUGGCUCUCCCAUUAUGUUGCACUCUUUGUUAUUUAUAUCUUUAUAUCAAGAAUCAAAGGUCAGUGGUGCUCACUGUAUGCAUUUCUCCAGCUAAAAGUUCAAGAGGACAUUCUGUAGGUCCUGUAUAGUAGACUGACACCCCCACCUGAAUGUUUCACAGUACUCUGAUCAUUGAGAAUAGAUCAUCUUUUAAAUGUAUGUGUUGGCAUUACGUUCACACUUAAACCUUCAUCUGGGAAGGUUUUCUUCUGGUGUGUGUUUUCAUUCUAGUGCUGUACUCCCUAUGGGAUAUUUUGGCUUGCUUGUAUUUAAUACAAAUACUGAUUUAUUGUGAAAGUGUAUUUCUGAAUGUUAUUACUUCCAAUAAACUUAAUGUUUUGUAAAUACUUUUA